AUGAAAACCAAACGUCGAAGGCGUGAGGGGCCAAGUUCUGAAACUGAUCCACCAAACCUUUCAAUGACUUAUGUCAAAGAUGAGAUCAUCCGAGAUGAAUGCUUAGUUACUGCUGAUUGUGAUCUGGAUGCCAUUCGUUCACCACAAAGCACUUCGAUCGACAUGAAAAGAGACCAAAUCAAACCUUAUGAAAGAGGAACCCCGUCGGCCGAGAGAUCCACCUCAAUCUUUUUUAAUAUAAUAAAUCAUGAAUCUCUAUUUUAG